CUUUCUCCGUAGACCGUCGUGUUUUUUCGGAAAAUGCAGUAAUUAGCACCACGUGAUUUUCCACACUUCCUCUGGUUGAAACGUGGCGCAACGAACAUGAGUGACUCAGACGGAGAAGAUCGCCGCGAAAACGAGCAGCAGCGUAAGCUGUUCAUCGGCGGCCUCAGUUAUGAAACCAACGAGGAUGGCCUGAAAGCACACUUCGGGCAACAUGGGGAAAUUGUAGAUGUUGUUGUGAUGCGGGACCCCAACUCUCGGCGGUCCAGGGGGUUUGGGUUUGUUACGUUCAAGAGAGCAUACAUGGUAGAUGAAGUCAUGAAAAGCAGACCACACAAGCUGGAUGGAAGAGAAGUGGAACCAAAAAGAGCUGUGUCAAGAGAGGACUCCAAUAACCCCACAGCGCACGUCUGCACCAAGAAGAUUUUUGUCGGGGGGAUCAAGGACGACACAGACGAGGACAUGUUGAGACAGUACUUCUCCAAGUAUGGCACCAUCGAGUCGGUGGACGUCAUGACGGACAAGGACACGGGGAAGAAGCGCGGCUUUGCCUUCAUCAGCUUCGAUGAUCACGAUCCUGUGGACAAGAUUGCCUGCAUAAAGUACCACGACAUCAAUGGUCACAAGUCGGAGGUGAAGAAGGCUGUCCCCAAACAAGAGCUGCAGCGCCUUCAGCAACAGGCAGGGGGCGGCGGUGGUCGUGGCGGCGGACGCCAGGGCGGCUUCGGAGGACGUGGCCGGGGCGGCUACGGAGGCGGCGGUGGCCGGGGUGGCGGCUAUGGCGGAGGCGGCUAUGGCGGUGACCGCGGGGGUGGCUACAACAAUGGGAACUAUGGCGGAGGCGGCGGCUACGGAGGUGGAGGCUACGGUGGAAGCGGGGGUGGAGGCUACGGCGGAGGUGGCUAUGGAGGGGGUGGAGGCGGCUAUGGCGGCGGCGGAGGUGGCUAUGGCGGAGGAGGCGGCGGCUAUGGCGGAGGAGGUGGUAGCUACGGAGGCGGAGGUGGCAGCUAUGGCGGAGGCGGCAGUGGAGGCUAUGGCGGUGGCAGCUAUGGCGGAGGCGGAGGUGGAUACGGAGGCGACGGAGGCUACAGUGGAGGUGGAGGUGGAAACUAUGGAGGCAGCAGUGGUGGCUAUGGAGGUAGCAGUGGCGGAGGCUACAGUGACUUUGGCAGUGGCUACGGCAGCCAGCAGUCCAACUAUGGCCCCAUGAAGAGCGGGGGCGGCGGCGGGGGGUAUGGCGGCGGCGGCCGUCAGGGAGGGGGCCCAUACGGAGGGAGCUAUAGCUCCGGUGGUGGCGGCGGGGGCUAUGGUGGCGGCGGCGGCGGCCAGCGCAGAUACUAGGAAGUCUGCCAUCCACAGGCCAGACAGUGAGGUUAGUAAGCUGAGUUUCAACAGUAUAUGAUGGAUGAGAAGCCAGAACAGGAAGUAGGACACACAGACAGGAAGUACAGACACACAGACAUGGCAGCAAAGGAUUAUGGGAAGCCUCCAACUUAUCAAGGCCAAAUCAUGGACUCUUAUUGCUAUAAUCCUCCUAAAGUAGCUUGGACAUAAGAAGGGAUCCAUCUCCAUUUUAUUCCAGCAAGCUUUGUUAGACACCAGAAUGUAGUAUGCUUUUGAUGUUUCUUUUCAGUCAGUGUAGGAGAUAAGUAUUUUGUGUAUAUUGUAUUUGUAAAGACAGUAAGGAUUGAAUUAAAGGAGUCAAGACAACAUAGUGGUGCAGGUCAGGUAGUCUUUUUUAACAGGAGUAUCCCGAAAUCCCUUUGAAGAGGGUCCAACGACAUUCCAGCUGUAGCUUUUUGAGAUUUGAAAUGGUGAACACAUUAUUCUAAUACUAACAAGACAGUGCAUACCAUGCUAAGUGUUUUGCAGAUUAUCAAGAAAAGGGUAAAAUUUCUUGUUGGCAGGACUGGAAUUUCAGACAGUUGUAAAGGGUUUUUCAGGAUGGGAUUUUUAAACCACUUUUCCACUUCUAUUUAUCAGACGUUCUGUGCAUGUGUGCACGUCUUGCAAAAUUGUAGUAGAUGUGUCAGCAGUCUCUGUUUGGAAAUAAAUGUUUUUAUUCGUGUGACAGA